UCGGUCGGUGCCGUUACUUUUUUUAGUCUUCUAAUUUUCUGUAGUACCUUUUCUCCUGGGUGUUUGUUUAUUUGUUUGUAACGUACAUCCUCCAUCGCACAUUACUAACAUCCGCGUCUAGACAAAUCUAACACAAAAGUAAUUUGACAAGGAGGGUUACGAUUCUUCAUUAGCUCGUAAUAAAUUUUAAGGCAGUUAAUUUAGGUUUAGGUUCUUCAUAUAUGUGGGAAAUUAGUUUUCCCCAAGUCCGUAUGCGUAUCUGAUUUAUCCAUACGAAGCAAUCAACAAACUUCCAUCUGUUCUUCGAUCCGCUGCACUGCACAUAGUUGAGUGCAGCAGAAUUUUAUGUAGCAUAAUUUGUAUUACUUCCGUUUCAAAAAGUGUUAGGGUACUGGUAGAUACUCUCUCGAUCUAUUACAUGCACAGGGGAAUUCGAGAUACAAGUGCGAAUUACAAGCUCUGGCUAGAGUACAGGAAUGGAGAGCGAGAGAAAGAAGAAGGAAAGGAAGCCGCCGCCGCCGUUCGUGAUCCACUGGAUACCCUCCUUAGUCGCUUCCUCUCGCGUACUUGUAGUCUGAGGGGUUCUCAACCAGGCCAGGCCCAUGAGCUAGACGGGGCAAGCCCAUACAGGCAAGGUGAUGAUGGAGAAGAUAUUGACUCAUCUUGUACCGUGACGAGUAGACCGGUUUUACGAGUUGAGACUAUUUAUGUCAGCGCGGCGAUUCUUGCUGCAAAAAGUAGUUUCUUUUACAAGCUUUUCUCAAAUGGCAUGAAAGAAUCUGGCCAGAGGCAGGCAACAGUCAGAAUUUCUGAUUCAGAAGAGAAAGCCUUCAUGGAGCUGUUACGCUUUAUGUAUAGUGGAAAGUUGACAGCAACAACUGAGCCCAUUCCUCUGGUUGAUAUAUUGAUGGCUGCUGACAAAUUUGAGGUCGUUUCCUGCAUGAAGCUUUGCAUUCAGCGUCUCAUGGUCCUGCCUAUGACUCCAGAAUCUGCACUGAUGUGCCUAGAUCUCCCAUGUUCCAUUUCAAUGGCAGCGGACCUGACAGAGGCAGCCAAGAAAUUCCUUGCCGAAAGGUACAUGGAAUUCCUCUCGACACAGUUCCAAGAUGAACUUAUGAGAAUGCCUCCUGCUGGGAUUGAGGCCAUCUUAUCAAGGAAUGACUUCGGGGUUGCUUCCGAGGUAGCUGUCUAUGACUUCGUGCUCAGGUGGGCCUCUUCACCGUGCCCAAAUUCUGAAGAAAGGAUGGACAUCUCGAGUUCUCGGUUACUUCCACUAGUGCGUCUUCGUAUAACCAAUGCAGAUUUUUAUUCUUGCCAUACUGUUAACUGGGCUGUGAAGCGUGAGCAGUGCCGCUCUCUGCCUACACUGGGACCAAUAUUCAGUUGGGAAGAGUAUGUCUUCGCCCUCUCGGUACACUGGGUUGGUCAUCUUGGGCUCUAUAUAGAGAUGGAAGAAAACAAAGGGCCAACAAGGACGGUACACUUUGAGUUUCAGGCAAAGACAAAGCCGCUAUUGCAGUUUGUGACCUGGCACAAGGGCACCUUCGCCGCUGGCUGUGAGGGGGCUGUUUGCUCCAUGGAACUCCUUGGCAUUCCUUGGUCGGGGUUUAUUGCUGACGACAGCCCCUUCUUCAUCGACGACACGCUCCAUCUGCGAGUUAAGCUCAAGAUAAUGCAGGAGCCCCAGUGAUGCAUGCGUCAACUGCUAGCUUGAUGGGCCUCGCCCGAGUCCCUUUUUGCCUUUUGUGAGCGAGGAGGAAACAUGAAGAAACCUGAACUUGAUGCUGGGGACUUCACCAUCUCACAUACUCUUACCGGUAUCGAAACUGUUAUGUCUGCAUGUGCGUGCUCUGCUAUACACCGAAGGUGCUGACCAGUUAAUGCUCUCUUUGUUGUAAGUUGCUAAUAUAUGUGUGGCUAAGGAGCUGACUGAUUUGAUGUAGUGGUAUCCUUGGAAUUUAUAUUAUGUGAUAAUCUGUUGAUGGUGGACA